AUGGAUCGUGACAGGAGCUCGUUCAUGGAGCGAUCUAGUCAGCUUGUUGUGAAGCAGUCUGGCAGGAAACCUCUUUUCGCAAGCAACAUCCCGCGGGGCACCGACAAGAAUAAGGAGAACGAUCAGUCACAACAAAGCAAUUCGAAGCUUCGCUCUAGUAUACAAAGCAAUGGAUUUGCGCGAUCGACAAUCUCGGAUUUCGAUAGGAGGGGGAGCGCAGGCAGCGUUGGAUCUCGCGAGAGCAGACUACCUACACCAGGGUUUUCCUCUUCCACUCGAAAACGACUCUCCAUGUCCGAUGCCUUUCGCCUUGCUACGAAGGAAGCUGAGAGCGAUAACGAAAGCGAAGGAAGCCAAGCUGUCGAUGCGUCACCGAGUCCAGCCCCUCGAGUAUGGCGCGAGAAGAACGAGGGGGAAAGGAACCAGAUACGGCAGAUGUUGAGUCACGAUCAUCUGGACACAAAAGCACCAAGUCGGCCUUUUUCGCGAGGUUCGCUCGCAGCGUCUAGAAUACCUGAAGCAAAGAAUUCGCCCUCCCAAAUUGCAUCGCCGCGACAACGCAGCUUCUACGGGAAGUCGCGGGCGGGACUUUCUUUCGGGCGUAAAGAGCCUACGGAGGAGAACGCACCUGCCAAUGGAGUCAAGGUUGAAUCCCGGCCAGGAAGUUCGGCUGGAAGACCACAAAUGGGCUCGAAUUUGUUGCGACACAUGCCUUCGAAAGAUGACCUGACAAAUCAGGGGCGCAUUCCAGCACUUGUACCCGGUAUAGAUGACCUGUUGCCAUCGAUCGAGGGACCGGAAGAUCACAACGAGCCAGCCCACUCGCAGCCCAAUGGGGAAGGCUCCCCGGAAAAAAGCUUCGCAUGGCAGGUAGACGAGGACUUUACAGCUGGAGACUUACAAAUCUCGGAUAGCCCAAGGCUUCGCAUGGGUGCACGUCCUUUUGCGAACCGAAUCCAUUUUGACGAAGGCAGUGAAAUCGAUAUCAACUCGCGGACAAGAGUUGCGCCACCUGGAGCGCGCAACACCAAACUCGACGAGAUUCGGUCGCGGGAGGUCAAGACAGGAAGCGAUAUUCCCCUUGAACCAUCGCGACCCCAUAAUACAAAAAUAGACGAGAUACGAGAGCGUGAGGAAAAGGUUGAGCAUCAAAUACCUAUUCCUGAUAGAAAUGCACCGAGGCCAAGAAAUACCAAACUAGACGAGAUACGACAGAGGGAGGUCAAAGGUAUUCCCAGGAGGUCGAUAGCCUCAAUUAGAUUGGGCGAGAUUCGCGAGCAAAAUGCAAUGAGUCGCUCACGCUCUCCAGAAGAAAAUCGACCUCAGGCGAGCCGAGGGAUGGUUCCUGAGGGAAAGACAACUGAAAUCGAAACGAAAGAACCGCCUCGGCCAAAGUCUGCUUUUGAGAUGAUUGGUGAGAGGAUACCAGAUACGCCCGUGACUAUAUACAAAUCGCAGCGACCAAGUGUAGAAUCGCGUCAAAAGGAGGAUAGUGACUCUAAGGAUGAUGCAGAUCGUGCACGACCUGGCCUGUCACACAGACGUACUGACUCCCGGGACGUGUUACGGCUCCUGGCCAGAGCUACCAGUUCUAGUCCCGCGCCAGAAACUGAGCCGCGACAGCUGCCUGACAGUGACAAACCCACCUCUUUACUUUCGGAUCCCAAACCUGACACUGCAUCUACAAUUCCCGUGCCUGCUACUAGCAAUGGCUUGCGCAACCGGCAACAUCGCUCAAACCGAGAUUCUGAUACAAAACCUAGAGUCGGAUUUGCUGGCUUAUCUCGAAGUCGUUCCACGGAAUCUGUUAAGAGCAAGAAAUCCAUGAAUUCAGAGCCGGAUCCCACGGACCGCAUCGAAGCGGAAGCCAGCCUCUUUGCGCCUGGCGACAAUCAGUCUGAAAAGGGCUCUGCGAGGGCGUCGUCGCCAGAGCCAGAGUCUGAAGAUGAUAGGGAACUUGAAGCGACUCCUCGGGCACCAAAGCCAGAUCCCCUGACUAUGCCCACCCCGAAGGUUACAGGCGCAUAUGUGGAAACACCUGCAACCGUCAAGGUGGAAAAGUUCGAAAUAAAGGACAAACAAGAAAGACCAAAGAGAGAAGAAAGGCCGCCGCGACAAAGAUCUGCAUCGUUCCGUGAUAAGAAGACGGAUCAUGUGAUAAGUGGUAGCGACAGGGACACAGCAUCAGAUCCUGGGACGGACGACAAACCUAGCACCAGAACUUCGUCGAGCGGGGCGAGAAGACGGCGCACUCGUUCUCUUUCACGGCGUCGUGGAACACUUAAAAACUCAGCAAGGCUUCCAUCGGUCAAAGACGACCUCAAAGAGCUUCAACGUGCUCAUCACAUUGAGGAUUCAACAUUGGAUGAUCUUGAAGAGGUCCUCCUUGGCCGCAAAGCCCCAUCUCAACAAGUUGAAGCCCUUCUUGAUCAGUUACCCCAAAACACCUCACUUGACGACGAUUUCGACUUCGACUUGGAGCUUGAUACCAAACUCAACACGCGAACCAACCAGAUCGACCCCCAAUCCAACGAUAACUCGGAUCUAGACCGCCUCACGCGCAUGAACAAUACGCUUAAAAGUAGCCUAUACGGCAUUCACACUGCUGCAAGAGGUAUUGAGCGUCUCUCCGAUCAGGUCAAUAUCAAGAACAAGGCUGCCGAACAUCAAGCAGCGGAGGAUAAAGCAGCCGAAGAGAAGUCUGCCGAGUUGAAGGUACCCAAGGAGGAAGAGUCUGAGAAGAACCUCCUUGAAAUCAUCAAGCCCGAGCCGUUGCCUGAAAAGAUGGCCACCCUCCACGACAGUCACGGCGCAGACCUCGCCUACAUUACGCAUUCUGAUGCCAAAACGGUAUCCUACGUUCGCUUUCCUGUUCCACCACUCUACCACCGCAAGCCAUACUUCCGCUUCACUCUUCUCGGUCUUGUUCUUUUUCUCUUCGCACUCUGGUAUGCACUCGAAUCAGCCACGUGCGCCAAAUUCUGCCGUCCAACCCGUUGUGGCAGCACCCCAUGCGUUUGGUCAGUCGACGAUCCUACCUUUGGCAACGCAAUCCCCGUGAAGCUGGACCAGUGGACCACAGCAGGUCGUGGGCGCAUCAUGGCCGAUCAAGCCAAGGAGGAGGUAGCGGAUUGGCUCGCCGACUUCAAGGACUUUUACUACGAUCGCAAAAUCACCGACAUCGAUGUUCAGGGGCUCACGUUUGAGCAGAAGCGUCAGCAUCGUCGACGACUCCGCAAGAAGGGUCUUGUUAAACCUCGCGUGGAGACCCCGGAGCAGCGGGCUAAGUGGGAUGCGUGGCGACGAACACGACAGGAACAAGAGCGGCAGCAGGAGGCGAGGGAGAUGGGUUACGAUAUCAGCAUCGACGAAGAAGAGACUAUCGGAGGAGACCAGAGGGUUUGGUAA